CAUCAACUUUAGCGGAACUCCGUCGCACAAAACAGGCCUCAGCUGUCGUUAGGUCCAUCACUGUCGUCAACGCUUGAUUUGAGAGGUCAUGGCUCAUUUGAAAGUAAGUACGUAAGUUAGAACUGAAUGGAUAAUGAUUGGAGCACCGUGACCACUGACCUCCGACGCUCGGAGAGUCGGAGUCGUGUUGUGGUCUCCGACGCUUCACCGACUCCGCUUGCAAAAUUGUUCAUGUUCAUGUUGCAACCCACAUCUCUAGGACUCUUGCACUAAAUACUCCAUCGACGCCCGACUGAUGCACCGGGCUCUACACAUUUGCGAAAUCCUUCUGGAGAUAUUCGCGCACGUGAAUAAAAUCCAGGGCCGGUCGUAUCGCGAGGAUGUAUUCGCGCGGCGAUGUGUUGCAGCACUUGCAACAACAUGCAAAACAUUCUACGAGCCUGCAAUGAAUGAACUUUGGGCUGACAUGUAUGGGUUAAUACCACUGCUAGGCUGUGUAACCAGGCUAUAUCCAAUGAUAUAUUGCGGUGAAAAAGGGUACUGCAGGUUUAAUCCCCCAUACUUUCGAGGCAUUGAACCAUUAUCGGAGAAUGAAGGUCGUCAAUUCUUGCGUCACGCUGCCCGUGUGCGUUCGAUGCAUAUAGGGUUACAAGACGACUAUUUUCACCUUCUCCCAGUCCUCGCGUGCACGGUGCCAUGCAUGUUCCCGAGACUGUUGUCGUUAUCGAUUCCACAUGCGAUAAGAUACUCGGAUAUAUUCUUGUCCCCGACGCUGCGUCGUUGUUCCCUAGAGGUCACUUAUCCGGAUUUAAAAGUUAUUACGACCCGUUGUGCUGCUUUGGAGAGCAUAAACCUCCAUGACCCUAAUGAGGAGACAGCAGACGGACGGUCGCUGUUGUCUGACAGUCUCCGCUUGUGCAAGCGGCUUGUAACGCUUUCUUGUCCACCCCUCAACUUGACUGCAUGGGAGCAUCUCUCCAACCUCCCUACCCUUCUCAAAGUCACGCUUUGUGGGGGGAUGAUAGACCCUUUCCCGUUGCACCUCAACAAUAAUAUCAGUUUCGGACCUUUUCUCAACCUCACAACUCUUUGUUUGGAUGUUGCAACGGAUACAUACGUCACGGCACUCAUGCAACACUCAGAAUUCCCUUCGCUGAAAAUGUUCUCGAUGUCUGUCUGGCAUUUCUCUUGGGCAGAGGUUGAACGGCUCGUUCGCGUGCUGUCCCAGUGCAAAGCAUGCCAGACCCUUGAACACAUUGGUAUGCGCUGCAGCCGCAGUUCAGGAGUCCACAAUCCGCCGGGCAGCUCAUUGACAAUUACACACUUCCGUUGUUUCACACAGCUCCGGAUUCUGCGGCUCGAUAUUCCUCUUUGCUGUAUCCACCUUGACAAUGAUAUUUUUUUGGAAGCCAUGUCAAGUUGGCCGCAUCUCCGCCGUCUGGAAUUAGAAGACAAUCGUCAGACUCGCGGUACCAUUACAUUCCGCGGAUUGUUCGCAGCGCUCCGUCAAUGCCCCCACUUACGUAGGCUCGAAUUAUGGAUAGACGCAGUAAAUAUCGAUGUCGACCCUACAGCGGAGUCAUUUCAACAUACAUCCCUACAAGAAUGGCAUGUGGAGUCCGCUCAGGUAAUGGAUGCUGAAGUUGUCGCACGGAUCAUCUUCUCUAUGCUCCCUUGCGUCCACAGACUCUACCACAAACACAUGUCAAUGAAUGGCGAUCCCCCGUACGCGUGGCCCGGUGUUCAAAGGCGUCUCGACCAUCUCAGAUCUUCUGCAGUCCCUUGAUAUUGCAGGUGCAACUGCAGAGACUUAGUCAGCUCAAGAUAUACACAUAUACAGGAUGUUGCCAUCAAUAUUUAGAAUAUGGGAAGUGGAGACGAGCAAGGGAGCUCUGUGAUGAAUGUAUUUACCUGCAUAGUAGGUUCUGCUUUGCAAAAAUUACGAAAGCCCCUCGAGU